AGCAGCAAGCGUCGGCACAAAGUCCGAGCGACAAACUGCCCGCAUGAGGGGUGUUGCAAACGACCCGUGAGAGCGCGCAGCAGACGCAAAGUGGACGCUGUCCAGGGAAACUGAGAGAUAAAAACGUGGAUUUUAUCGUGGGGAAACCCAUAACAUUAAAUCUUUACAAGCAGGGCGGCGAGCCAAAGCAGGUGUCUUCUUCUCUGCAGGCUUCUUCUCGAGGCGCACCGUCUCUUGUCUUGUGGUUGUUGCAGCGCGGAAUCGUUCAAGGAAUCGUUGUUUUUAUGUCAGUUUUGGUCACGCGGUAAAACAAAACUGUUAUACAUGGACAGAAAACACUCGUUCAAACCUCUCUCGAGUUAUUCAUUACAAUAAUUGUUCUGCCAUUAUUCAUGCUUGGUUUACCGAGUAAUACUACAAAAGAGAAGAGGAAUACUUUGAAGUAGGUUGUAGCUAUAAAUUAAUUAAUUUUGUGGACACCACGUGAAGGGGACGUAACACACUCAACUUGAGCAUCGGACCUUUUCAAAAGACUCGUUCGUACAACACUUUGGGAGUCCACUUCUGCAACGCUUAAAACUUGCUGAGAUACAUUGAAGAAACCAUGCGCUUCUGAGGAGGUGGACAACAAACUAGAAGAGACGCCAAAAUGAUAUUUUCUUUCAUUUAAAUAGCAUACAGUUAGAUUUAAACCUUUAAACUUUUAUUUACACCUUGAAGAGGAGCCAUACCUCAGUUGCACAUUGUUUUGAAAUCAAAUGCAUUGGGUUUAUAUGAUUUAAAUUCAGUGUUGGACAGUUUGAUUCAAACCUCUUUGGUUACAUUUAAAAAAAGGAGAUUCCAUUACUACAAUUGAUUCAUCAGCGGUCAGUUGGUUUCCUCAUCCCGCUGAGAAUGGCAGUAUUAUGGGAUGACCCGUUCACGUUGCUGUGGAGACGGACUGUAAUCUACUCCAUUCUGGUGAUGUUGAUGAGUGGCGUGUGCACUUUAGGAGAUGAAGACUUCACUGGAGAGUCAUGGCUGCGAAUGUACGGCUACCUCCCACAGGCCAGCAGGCAGAUGUCCACCAUGCGCUCGGCUCAAAUCCUGUCAAACGCCAUCAGCGACAUGCAGCGCUUUUAUGGCCUGGAAAUCACUGGAGUGUUAGACCCAAUCACCAUUGAGGCGAUGAAGAGACCCCGCUGUGGCGUCCCAGACAAGUUCGGGGGUCAAAUCAAGACCAAUGUGCGGCGGAAACGUUAUGCUCUCACUGGCCACAAGUGGGACAAGACUCACAUAACUUUCAGUAUUCAGAACUACACCCCUAAGAUUGGGGAGUACAACUCGUAUGAAGCCAUCCGGAAGGCCUUCAAGGUGUGGGAGAAGGUGACGCCACUUACAUUCGAUGAAAUUCCUUUCCUGGAGGUCAAAUAUGGCCGUCGAAAGGAGCCCGAUAUCAUGAUCUUCUUCGCCUCUGGUUUCCAUGGUGACAGUUCACCGUUUGAUGGAGAAGGAGGUUUCCUGGCACAUGCCUACUUCCCGGGUCCAGGGAUGGGUGGAGAUACUCACUUUGACUCAGACGAGCCGUGGACCAUUGGCUCACAAAACGUACAGGGUAAUGAUCUGUUCCUGGUAGCUGUGCAUGAAUUGGGCCAUGCCCUUGGACUGGAACACUCCAAUAAUCCCUUAGCUAUUAUGGCUCCUUUCUACCAGUGGAUGGACACGGAAAACUUUGAGCUUCCUGAAGAUGAUCUCCGUGGGGUUCAGCAGAUUUACGGACCCCCUAGCAGUUCUCCCACUCAGGCUCUCCCGACCGUGACCCCUCGGCGACCAGCCCAGCCCGACCCUAGGUACCCUCCUAAGAACCCUCCCGGAGCCCCUCCUCAUCGGCCGGACAGGCCUCGAACCACUGACCGCCCAGAUCACUAUGGCCCAAACAUCUGUGAAGGCAAUUUUGACACAGUCACCAUGCUCAGAGGAGAGAUGUUUGUUUUUAAGGGUCGAUGGUUCUGGAGAGUGAGGCGGAACAGAGUGCUAGAUAACUACCCCAUGCCUAUCGGACACUUCUGGAGGGGUCUGCCGGGAGACAUCGAUGCAGCAUAUGAACGGCAUGAUGGCCGAUUUGUGUUUUUCAAAGGAAGUCAGUAUUGGUUGUUUAGGGAAGCCAAUCUGGAGCCCGGUUACCCUCAAGAGCUGAUGGACUAUGGCCGAGACAUCCCCUACGACAAGAUAGAUACAGCCAUCUGGUGGGAGCCUUCUGGAUUCACUUACUACUUCAAAGGAGACUGGUACUGGCGCUUUAAUGAGCACUCUCGAGCUGCAGAUCAGGACUACCCUAAACCAAUUAGUGUGUGGGGCACUUCUGUGCCGUCCUCUCCCAAAGGGGCCUUCCUCAGCGAUGAUGGAGCUUAUACGUACUUCUACAAGGGUACAAAGUACUGGAAAUUCGAUAACCAUAGAAUGAAGAGCGAGCCAGGCUACCCAAAGUCCAUUCUGAGAGACUUCAUGGGCUGUAAUGUGGACCUCGAUCACGACAGAGACACAGACGUGGACCCAGGACGCAAGUUGCCCGAACACCCACCUUUUAACCCAGAUGCAGGGCGAGACAAAGACAAGGAAAAAGAGAAGGAAAAAGAGCGGGGCAACACUAAUGAUGUUGACUACAAAGAAGUGACUGAAGAGGAAACAAAUGAGGUGGACGUAGUUUUGAAGAUAGAUGAGACCGAGCGCACCAUAAAUAUCAUCAUGGUGACUGUACCGCUAGUCCUAGUGCUGUGCAUCUUAGGAUUGAUCUACGCUAUCAUUAACACACUACAGAGGAAAGGAGCACCCAAGUAUUUAGUACACUGCAGACGUUCACUGCAGGACUGGGUUUAACCCGUCAGUUUAAUCCCUCCAUGAUUCCCCAUGCUUUCAUUUUAUACGUCCAAAAACUAUUUGCACACACACAACACAACAUAAACACUCACUCUUACACUGUGUCCUAACCAAACACGACACGAUUCAAGAUUCCAGCGACAAGCAAUUUGUCCAUCCACACUGAACGUGAAACUGCAGCGCAACGUUGCACAAUCACAGCCAAUCAAAACAUAUUUGAUGUUUAAUGUGCAGUUAUAAGGUGCAGGAUUUUCAGAGUUCACAGGAUUUUUCAAUGGUGAAAAAAUAGAAACCAAUCGACUGACAAAAGGCCUUGUGUUUGUCCCUUGCCGUGGUCGCUGGUUAAAACAUUUAAAAGAGAGCUUUUUUUUUUUGUUUUUUGCCAUAUUUUGUCGCGUCUCAUUAAGACACUGUUUUAUGUUGGCUCUGUACACACUUCCCUUCCCAUGGUGCUCCUCUAACAUGAUGACUAGUAUAUUUAUAUCGUAAUUUUUGCACAUUGAUUUUGUGUUCGGUUUUUUGUAUUCAUAAUAUUUUUUUCUUUUCAUUUGUGGGAUUUUCAAUUAAUUUUUGAGAUGUAACAAUUAGCAAUCUAGUUCUACAAUCACAGUGUAAAAGAGGAACUGACAAGCAGUCUUGCAGAACAAAAAUAGAGGAAAAGGGAUGUUGAGGAAGGAAUAUUUCUACCUUCGUUCAUCUUUUCCCAGGACUUUCAACUUUGGUCUUCCUACUGAAUGGGCAAGUCAUAAUAUACUUGUUGGAAAUCCAGACUAGGAUUUAUGUGUUUCUUCCCUUUGUUCCUUUUCUUUCUCAUUUAACAUGUACGUAAUAGGGGCUGUGGUAUUGGAUUUGUUCAUCUAAUUGCCUACUAACCUGCAAUUACUCAAUCUGUCAUUGAUUGGUUUGCACCCUUCUUAUUUGGCAUCUCCUGUGAUGUAGAAUCUCACUUCUGACACCAUGUUGGUAAUUCUGGUGCAGGUUGUCUACAUAUUUGUAAAGACAAAUUAGUUUAUAGUAUGUCCGCAAAGGUUUUCAGUCAUCCAGGUUGCUAUAGAAUGUCCAGUAAACUAAUUCACAAGCAACUGGACUUAGUUAGCCAACCAGUAAAUAGCGUUCACUGAAUUUUACCUGAUAAUCCAUAGCUCUUUGUUUCGACAUCAUAAAUUAGGGACUUUCCUCUGAAUUUUGUUUACCUCGCAUGAUCAUAACAAAAAUCUAAUUUUAUUGCCUAGCUGAACCAUUUUUUAACGAUUGUGCCUUAGUCCUGCCAAACAUGUUGUAUGUGGUUUUGUUCAUAUUUGUAGAGCCCUUUUAACCACUUUAUUACAAGCUAGUGUGUUUUUAUCUCCCCACUGGUCCAGUGAUACUGUGGUGAUUGUAAUUUUGUUGUCAUUUGACAUUUGAGUUGCUUUCAUUUAUAAUAAAAAAAGGCAACAUA